ACUAACUGUGCCGGCUGAGGAUGCGGACAGGAAUGCAGCGAAUAAGGAAGUGAGGCUAUAUGAAUGAAAAUAUAUUCUCGGUAGUACUAAGGUCCAAAGGAGCACAUGUGGCUAUUUCUAUUGGAAGACUGACGAUGAAAAUAAUUGUUUUGUUUGGUCUGCUUUUUGAAAACAGUGGAUGGAUUAUACAUCGUGCGCAUAAAGAGCAUCUGGUAUUUUGCAUAUUUAGAUCGCAUUCUAUGACAAAUGUUUGAAAAAACGUGGUGUACUUAUUUUAUUAUUCAGCUAUCUCCAAAACAACAAAACCGAUGUUAUUCAUGCGCUGUUGUUGUCAGUGGCAAAGUCCACGGCAGAUAUGCUCUUGGCAGUGACCUGGGGACUGAUUAAAGAUCAUCUAAUCAGAAUUUUCAGAGGAGAAAGUCGUGAAUCGUCACCAGAAUGGAAACAUCGUCACUUAUAACGGUUUUAUUUCAUUGUAUGUUACCAUCGCUGGAGCAGGUGUGUGUACUUUGAACAGAAUUCAUAACAGUAUUACAGGAAAGACGGUCAACAGCUCAUAAAAAUAAAAUCAUGUUUUUUGUAAGAUUACAUUUUUAGACUGCAACAUUGACUAUCUAUUCUUUCUCUUGGAUUUCUAUUUAGAAAACAAUUACUCCCUUGGUUGUAAGACUAGAUGGAGAGUGAUGCUUCACGUUUAAGCUAGGGCGCUGUUGGCUGGGAGCUGUGCAAUUUUUCUCAAGUGGACCAUUUUACUAAAAAAAGCCAUAAGCGGCCAGCACUUGGUGCUCGUCUUCCAGAAACUAUACAGACGUGAACUGCCGACGGUGGGGGUACCCAGGCUGACGUUUUCCCUGGAGGUUGUGCUGUCAGUUGUACUUUCCAGAAACUGCCUUUUUUCCCCAGUCUUAAGAACUACAUACUGCCGACGGAGUACACUUAUGGACAUAAUUUAUUGUAUUUAAUAUUGUGUAUCACGAGAUGAUUGCUUGAGUUUGAAAGUAAGAAGAUAUUUUGAUUUAGACAUUAAAAACGCAUUUGCUAUUUAUUUGCAUAGUAAAUCAGUCAAAUUAAUAAUAAUGCAAGAAACAUCCAGGGAUCCUUAGCAAAAACGUUUAAGAUUUAUAAGGUUAAUAAUCCCAUCAUCUAUAUAAUAAUAAUAAUAGACCAUUCUUGGGACCUACAUUGCUUUAUAAUCAUCAUUUCGUAAAGUAGUACGGUACUUUACUGCAUUCACUUAUCUAAAAGCUUCGUUUGCCUUGGAGGCAUUUUGUGUGAUUUUUUUGCAGACAUUAAAGGCAUCGGGAAAGCUAUCCCAGAGCACAGUUAGUGAAAUUUGAACAGAAAAGCACUGAGGGAGUUAAUUGCCUUUAGCCAUCUGUCUGGUACAUUUGUAAAGAGAGUAAGUGGAGAACUAGGAAGGCAUCAUCGAGAAACAGAUGUCUUGCCAACCAUCUGUAUAUAUGUGACAAUGUAUUAUUAUCAUCUUCAGGCACAUCCAUACUAGUCUUUGGUGGGUCCCGAACCGGAUUGGCCAUUAAUAUUAGGCUGCUCAGCCCACGUAAUCUCCUUGGAGAGUGGUGCAGCGGGCUUCGGUUGCAAGGGCCUUUGCUGGUGGGUGUUUGCAAGAAGCCUGCCUACCACCUAAAGGGGGGACUGUCAUGUGCAACAUCACCGUUAACUUCAAACACAGGGACACAACCUGAACAUGUGGGGUGCAUCUUCCUGACUAAUUGACCUCAAACUUUCCUUGGACCAAGUGAACAGAUCUGUCCUGUUUUCAUCUUUGUCAUUUUCAAGUGCUCUGACACGGGAUACGGAGCAGGAACACACAGGAUCUCUAUUGUUUCCUCGCCCUUUCCACGUUGGAAAGGGUUUGUUAGACUGCAGGGGCAUCUCACACAAGAUAUCAGCACUAAAGCGCCUGAACUACAGUCACCGAGAAAGAGACAGAAGGUGUUUUUCAUCAUCUACAAUUUGUUUUAUUCUCACGAGUCUCUCGGUUAGGGAAAUCUGGCUGACAAGGUGAUUCAUAUUCAUGAGAUGAUUCCACACCUCUAGCAAAAGGUGUGUUAGAAUAAGCGAGAUUUCACCGUCCCGGAGGAUUUCUGCUUGCUUCCUGCUGCCUUUCAGCUUGCCUUUUUUCCGAUCGCGGCGGGAUCGGAGUGACCACCUCCCCGCCUUGCAAGGCCCGCCGGAGCAAAGACAGGGUGACAUCAUGGAUACAAAGAUGCCCUCUGCCACUACACCCACCAGCCCUUCUUCCCCGGGUUUCAACGUGCCCACAGCUGAGAAGGUCGAUGGCUUCCCCCGCAGAUCUAUGCGCAGGGCUCGCCAGAGGAGGUCCCACAGCUCCUCCCAGUUCAGGUACCAGAGCAGCCAGCAGGAGCUCACACCACUGCCUCUUCUGAAAGAUGCCCCAGUAACAGAACUUCAUGACUUAUUCUGUAAAAAGCUACAGCAGUGCUGUGUUUUAUUCGACUUCUUGGACUGUGUGGCAGACCUAAAAGGCAAGGAGAUUAAACGAGCAGCCCUUAACGAGCUGGUGGAAUGCAUUGCAACAAACAGAGGAAUUCUCAUUGAUCCAGUGUACCCAGAGAUCAUCAAAAUGAUUUCUGUAAAUAUUUUCCGAACUUUGCCACCGAGUGAGAACCCAGAGUUUGAUCCAGAAGAAGAUGAGCCUACCCUGGAGGCAUCCUGGCCUCAUCUGCAGCUUGUCUACGAAUUUUUCUUGCGGUUCUUGGAGAGUCCUGACUUCCAGCCUUCUGUGGCUAAACGAUAUGUGGACCAGAAAUUUGUGCUGAUGCUUCUAGAAUUGUUUGACAGUGAAGACCCCCGUGAACGAGAAUAUCUGAAAACAAUCCUCCAUCGAGUUUAUGGAAAGUUUUUGGGCUUACGAGCUUAUGUUAGGAAACAGUGCAACAACAUUUUCUUAAGGUUUAUAUAUGAAACAGAACACUUCAACGGAGUUGCAGAGCUGCUAGAAAUUCUUGGAAGCAUUAUAAAUGGGUUCGCACUUCCUCUGAAAGCAGAACACAAACAGUUCCUGGUACGGGUACUGAUUCCACUACAUUCUGUUAAAUCUCUUUCAAUAUUCCAUGCACAGCUGGCAUACUGUGUUGUUCAGUUUCUGGAAAAAGAUGCAACAUUGACAGAGCAUGUAAUUCGAGGACUACUGAAAUAUUGGCCUAAAACCUGCACUCAGAAGGAGGUGAUGUUUCUUGGAGAAAUUGAAGAGAUUUUGGAUGUUAUUGAACCGUCUCAGUUUAUCAAAAUACAAGAACCUCUCUUUAAACAAAUUGCAAACUGUGUGUCCAGUCCUCAUUUUCAGGUAGCAGAGCGGGCUCUGUAUUUCUGGAACAAUGAGUAUAUCCUGAGUUUGAUUGAAGACAACUGUCAGGUCAUCUUGCCUAUCAUUUUUGGCACUUUAUACAGAGUCUCCAAAGAGCACUGGAAUCAAACCAUUGUUUCUCUUAUCUACAAUGUUCUGAAAACUUUCAUGGAAAUGAAUGGCACACUUUUUGAUGAACUGACAGCAUCAUACAAGUUGGAAAAGCAACGUGAGCUGAAGAAGGAGAAGGAACGACGGGAACUGUGGCAGAAGCUGGAGGAGCUGAGACUUAAGAAGCUGCAGAACCUCGAGGAGGCACAGAUGAACCAGCUCAAUCUGCAGAACAGCCAAGAUGUGCAGAAGAGUAGCAAAAGCUAAGAAAGAAUGUGCCAAAUGAAAAAAGAAUAUGAAACAUACUCUGAGGCUCCCAGCAAAUAAAAACAGAAAGUGUUACACUUGGCUUUCAAAAAAUAAAAACAAGCAUUAGCAAUGAAGGUGUAAAGUGGAAGGGAGAUCUGAGACUAUUCUGAUAUAUGUAGCAAUAGAAAAAAAGCAUCAUCCGACCAAACUGAACAAACUGACAAGAGCCCCAGUUCUGGAUAUUCGUUUAUAACUUGUUAGAAUUAUUUAGAGAUUGAAUCUCCUCACUUAUUUAUUGCUUUUAUUUUUUUUUUUUAUUUUACAAUAUUUUUGGUUGUCAAAGGCACAUUAAGCCAAAGCUCCUUUCCAGGUGUGACCCAAGAAAGGGUUUAGCACAGGGAUGUUAGAAAAACUGCUCAGGAUCUCAUACUGAACAAAUGGCAACUGUGGGACUAAAUGGGUGCAAGGCUUUUUUAGUGCUGUCCACUGCACUUUCUUCCUUUCCUGUGUAUUUAUUUGACUUUUGAGAUAUGAGAUAGCAUACCCGAGGUUCACCAUCUCAUUUCCACUGGAGUUCUUCUGGUAGCUAGCCCCACAGCUGACUAGAUCGGUGAACUGGGUGUUAACUGACUUGCUGAAUCUUAAUGACCCUGGAUGAGUCUCAUUUGAUUUAUAACUCUGAUCAUCCAGAGACCCUAAACGGGUGUUGAGUCACUGGAAAAUACUGCCAUUUUUCAAUGUACUUUAAAAUGAUUCUCCUCACAGUAUGUCAAGCAAAAAUGAAAUACAGUCCCCUGACCAAUCAGGAGAUAUGUCUUCAAGUUGUUAAAUCACUUCCUUAAAAACUUACUUUGGUCUGAAAUCUAUGACCUGUGAGGCAGCCGAAAGUGAAGUUAUAUGGCACUGAUGUAUAAUGGUUUGCAGAAUUAAGUUUAAGUCUAGUCUGUUUUCCACAUAAUUUGCUAGUCUUAAACUCAGUGUCAACUUUAUUAAGAAAACAAUGGUGUGUUCUUUAUGCACAGUCCCAGAUAUUUCUAUAGGGAAAUGAGGGAAGCAAACAACAACAAAAAAAAAAAAAAAACAAGGAAAGAAAGAAAACUAAAACAAAACAAAAAAAAACCUACAGCCUGUUAUCUGGUCCCAUCUGUGAAAGACACAGAGUCACAGAAAAAAAUAGAAACAGAACAAGGACUGUUCUUUUGCCUUAUCUGUUAUAGUUAAAAUGUGUACAAUAGAUACAGAUUGUUGUUUGAUGACUUUUUUUAAUUUAUUUAACUUGACCAACUAGCUGAAUGGGACCAGUACUGUAAACCUCUUAAUUUCCAGCAAAUUCAGAAGAGCUAGCCAGGGGAUAGUACUAUAACGUAUGUAAUUACUAGGUACUGAAAAGAAAAUAUCUUGUAAUUAUUAGCCCUGUUUCUGUUGCUGACAAAUUCUGUAAUGCACAUGGUAAUUAAAGAGAUACUUUAAUGUCAAA